AUGAAUACCAAUGAUGAUCUUCAUAAUUACGAAGGUUUACUAUUAUCAUCAACUUCAUCGAAUAAGCGGUCAUUGACAAAUCAUUUUGUUGAUUAUGUGAAGAAAACGAAAUAUUUCGUCCCAUGUACAAUGUUAUCCCCAUCGAAAACGGCAAUCAGCGAAAAGCCAACGUCAUCAUCGAAUCAUUCCAAACGAGGUUCAUUAUGUAUUGCAUAUUCAAUUUCCAAUGAAAAUCAAACAGAUGAUUUCACAUUAAUCUUACACGUAUUACGUGCUCGGCAAUUAACAAAUCUGAGUGAUUCACCGAAAAUGAAUACAUUCGUCAAAGUAACUUAUCCUCAGCACUAUGAACAAUGUUCGAAGAUCAUCCAAGGAACAACUUCUCCAGUUUACGAUGAAAAAUUUGAGAUACCUUUCAAUAAAGCCAAUCUGUCAAAUUCAUCGAAACGCCUAACAAUAUCUGUGUAUUAUCAAUCGAUAUCAAACAAAAAAAGUGACUUAAUCGGAUGCAUGUCAUUCAAUAUGAAGACUCUUCUUAAAACAACCAGUUGCAACAAGAAUUCAAUGAAAUUUAAGUGGUAUUGUUUGUUACCGGAGUCAAUUGGAAGACAUAAACGAGUGGCAUUGAAUGUUGACAACUCAUCUUCACAAAUGAGAAAAACGAAUCGAGUUUUAUCGAAGAAAUCCGAGAAUUCUAAUGGACUUCUCAUCAAUGUUGAUAUCCAUGAUCGCGAUGAAAUUCGAUUUUCAUCAGGAUUUCCGUGUACGAUAAGUGAAGUCAAAUCCGCUAUUGGUCCUUCAUGCACUCGGCCAAUGUCUGGUGAUGUACUUUUACAAGUAAAUGAUAUCAAUGUUUCACGUACACAAGCCAAAGCGGUAAAGAAAUUGAUCAGAAAUUUACCGUUACCCAUUACUCUUCAAUUGUAUCGUCGAUCCGUUGAAUCGAAUGCAGUUAAAAUCGAUAAAAUUGUGAUGAAUUCUAUUGAUCAACAUGAACCGUUGAAUCGAAAUUUGUUCUCACCAACUCUUCGCAGUAUGGAUUAUCAACAAUCUUUAUUAAUGUCACCAAUCAAUCGCAAAACUUCCGAGUUACAAAGCGAUGGAAGUGAAUCAGGUGUUGGUUCAGAAAGUAAUCCAUAUUCCGAUGGCGAUCAAGAAAAUCGAUUUCAAUUCAUUUCGGAAUCGUAUGAACGUGAUGUGACACACUUGAUCGACAUUGAAAAAGAUUUUAUUAAUCAAAUUGAACUUGGCGUACAGUUAUAUUCUCGACCAUUGAAACACUACUUAAUUUCCUCGAACGAACACGCGAAAUUAUUUCAAAAUAUCGAAAAGAUUCUCGCUAUUUCAAGAUAUCAACUAAGUCGUUUACAAAUAUUAUCUGAACGAACAAUUGUGGGCUCGAUUGGAAAGAUUUUUCACGAGAAAACUCAAUUAAUUUGUGAAGCAUUCACCCGUUACAUAUCGGGCUAUGUCGAUGCCUGUUCUCAAUUGAAACAAUUGAGAAAAUGCGCUAGUUUCCAACGAUUCAUCCAAGGAAACCAUUCGACACUCACAAUUGAACAGUUCCUACAAAUACCGUUAAAUCACAUCGAUAAUCUCGCCAAUCAAUUAGAUGUUUUAUGUUGUUCAUGUGAAAAUGCAAAUGAUGCAAAUUAUCUUCUUCAUGUUCUCAAAGAACUACGUCAAUGUUCAUUACACGUCUCAUCAUCGUCUUCCUCCUCCUCGUCAUCAACAUCGACGAGUCAUAAUCAUUGCACGACAACAAUGUCAUUGAACAGUGCCAGUGGAACAUCAUCAUUAAUGAACAAUACCGAAGAUAGUGACAUCAUUGAAUUGCAAAAUCGUCUUCAAUUCACCAAAUCGAUUCAACCUGUGGUACUGACAGGACGAAAUCGUCAUAUUAUCUUCUCCGGUGUACUUCGAUUGCAAAAUGAAAAUAAAAACUACAUUGAAACAUGGGCUGUCCUUCUAAAUGACAUGCUUUUAUUAACACAACGGAAUACCACUGAUACUCGCUUGACAUUGGUUUGCAAUGCGAUUUAUUUGAAUGACAUUGUCGACUUUCGAUCAAGUGAUGAACGUCAAGAUGCAUUGAUAUUUCUGUCAGAUAAACCAACUAUGCCAUAUAAAAUCCGUUAUCCAAGUAAAUGUUUACAAUACGCAUGGCAAACAAUACUUGAACAACGUUUGAAAACUUGGCAACGAUCGAUUCAUGAUGAAACAUCAUCAGCAGAUUCCGAUCUCGAUUGA